CCCUUCAGUCUUCCCCCCCCAGCAACCUAUCAGCAGUGACCUGCAGGGGGCGGCAUCAGGAGUGAGAGGACAGAGCAGGACACUGGAGGCUCCUGUGGUUUCUACAAUAUAGGAUCCGUUCAGUGGAUAUCUUCUAUAUAAGAUCCUUCUCCUGAUUGACCCGGCAAGGAUGGAGAGGGACAGGGACAAGAUGGCGGAGAGUAUAAUAAAUCUCACCCUAGAGAUCCUCUUCCGGCUUACUGGAGAGGACUACACAGUAGUGAAGAAGACCUCUAGUGAGCGCUGUCAGGACCCUGUGUCUGAAGGAUGGGGCAGAACCAUGAGCCCAAUCACGGGGCCUCCACCUCACCCCCUGAUACAUGAGGAAAUCAAUAGAGAGAAGAUCCUAGAACUUACCAACAAGAUGAUUGAGCUGCUGACUGGAGAGGUUCCUAUAAGGUGUCAGGAUGUCACCGUCUAUUUCUCCAUGGAGGAGUGGGAGUAUUUAGAAGGACACAGAGAUCUGUACAAGGACAUCAUGAUGGAGGAUCACCGGCCCCUCACACCACCAGUUAAGGAAGAGAGAAGAACACUGCAGAGAUGUCCCAUUCCUCUUCUUCCACAGGAUAAUUCAGAAGAACAUCACAAUGUCCCACAGGAUGAUCAGGUAGAUGGAUAUAAGGACAUCAUGGUGGAGGAUGACCGGCCUCUCACACCACCAGCUUGUGAGUCCGGGUGA